CAACAGCUGCUCCUUCUUCUUCUCUUUCCCAUCCUCACUUUCCGGUGACCGGAGUUCCUUCCUGGAUCCAAGACUGCAUUUGUGAUGCCUGAAAGGAUUUUGCAUUCAUUGCACAAUAACGUUUACUAUUGUAUUGGUCAACAUGGCUGCCGCUACUACAGUGCCGGAAUUCCUUGAAGCGCUUAAACGCGCGACAGCAAUCAGCGCGAGAGAGGAGAGCGAGGAGGAACCAUACAAGUUUCAUUAUGAAGCUGCGGAUGUGCUAAGAGAAGCUCUCGGAGAGCCCCUGCUGCUCGCGGCAUCGAACCAACCAGAAGGCGCGCCCAGCGCGGAAGCGCCUGCUGUCAGCGCUCCUGCUCCCGCGGCUGCCGAAUCUUCUGCAUCGGACUCAGCUGCCGCCGCAGCGGAGCCCGAUGGCGAAGCAAGCUCGGCGCCACCAGCCGUCGAUGCCGGGACGCCCUCGCCUGCAGCGCCCUCCACAUCUGGGCGGCCCCCCUCGCCCCAGGAGCUGGCGGCAGCUGCCGCCCGCAUCCGCUGCGGCCUGAUCCUGCUGGACACGGACCUGCUGUCGGAUGGCGAGGCGUACGUGCGCGCGGGGCUGGGGGUGCUGGAGGCGGCCCCCGGCGGCGCAGAGGCCUACCUGGCGUGGCUGCUGGAGGCGUACAACUCGCUGGGGGCGCUGUACAGCAACCGCGGCUCCUACGCCACGGCACUGGAGUGGCUGCAGAAGGCGGAGGCGCUCUACCAGCGCGUCACAGCCACCGGCACCCGCCUGGCGCACCUCAACCUGCCCAUCGCCGGGGCGCCCAGGAAGCAGCACCCGCAGCCGGAGCAGCAGCCGGAGCAGCAGCCGGAGCAGCAGGUGGAGCAGCAGGCGGAGCAACGGGCGGAGGAGCAGGCGGAGCCCGUGGCCGCAGCGACGGACGACAAGCCGGAGCAAGAGGCCGCGGCAGCGGGCGAUGCCGAGGCCGCAGCUGAUGGAGCUGAUCCGGCUGCAGGGGCUGCAGGGGGAGCAGGGGCUGCGGAGGCGGCGCCGGCAGCUGCUGCGAAAGCGGGCGGGGCGUCUGGGGAGGGUGGUGGCGAGGGGCUGGUGGAGUUGCCGGGGUGUGACAGCGACAAGGUGCAGGAGCACUACACCAGCACCCUGUACUUCAUGGCGCAGGUGUACGGCAACCAAAAGCUGGCCGACCGCUCCGCGCUGUACUGCGCCGCCACCCUGUACCGCCAGCUGGCUGGAGGCAAGUACGACCUGGACACGUGGGUGAACAACUGCCUGCAGCUGGGCGGCUACUACGCCAAGGUCAACGCAUUCGGACUGGCGCUGUACUGCCACGCGGCGGCGCAGGCGGUGGUGGACCGCGACACGGCUGCGGGGGCGGAGCUGGGGGAAGACAUCGCAGCCAACAUCAAGCUGGCCACGGCGCGUGUGUACAACAUGCGUCUGGCAGUCAGCCACUCGCGCACCGUGGAGAGCAAGCAGCCCGAGCUGCACUACCCGGACGUGUCGCACUUCCCAGACUACCUCAGGUUCCCCGGCCUGGCGGUGCCCUCGCCCGACUCCUUCCCCUGGGGCGCCUCGGCGCUGGUCACCACAUUCGAGGCGGCGCGCGAGCUGCUCAACACAGGCAUGCCGUUCUUCAAGGCGGCGCUGGCCUACUACCAGCUGGACGGCUGGGUGACGGACCACGUGGGCAUCCUCAUGGACAUGAGCAACAUGUACAGGUGCCUGGCCGGCUUCGAGGCCGACCCCGGCCGCGCCGCCGCCAUGCACCGCUGCCGCGCGCAGCUGCUGGAGCCGCUGUCGGGCGGCCUCAACCCCGACCACUACCCGGGGCUCAGCCGCUCCAUAGACCUGGAGCUGGCGCACAUCUACCGCGAGGUCAGCGACGUGAGGGAGCUGCAGGCGCAGAGCAGCGCAGCGGCCGCUGCCGCGGCGGCGGCUGGGGCGGGUGGUGGUGGUGGCGGCAAGUCGGAUGCCAAGGUGGCCGCCGCCGCCACCUCCGCCGCCAAGUACUACCAACGCUUCCUGUCCUCCUUCCUCAGCCCCGCCACCGGCCAGCUGCCGGACCGCGUGGACUCCGACAACGAGCCCUACUUCCUCAUGGCCUCAUUCGGGCUGGGCCGCAUGAUGCACAAGAUGAGGGCGCCGCCAGCAGCGGCAGCGGCAGGGGCAGGAGCAGCGGCAGGAGCAGCAGGAGCAGGGGCUGAGGGCGGCAAGGCGGGCGCGGACGCGAACUACUCGGCCCUGGUGAUGGCGGCGCACAAGCACCUGCAGUGGACCACCGAGUACGUGAAGCGCCACAAGCUGGAGGACUGGACGCGGGAGGCGCAGGCGGCGGAGGAGCUGAGCGAGCUGCUUGUGGAGCAGAUGCGGCUGAGGGCCAUGGCGGCGGCGCAGGCGGCCAACAGGAAGGGCAAGUGAGGCGGCGGCGUGAGGGCGUGGGUCGUCUGUGCGUGUGUGUGUGUGUGUGUGUAUGUGUGUGUGUGUGUGUGUGUGUGUGUGUGUGUGUGUGUGUGUGUGUGUUUUGAUGCAGAGCGAGACUGUUAUGCGCUGCCGCGCGGCUUAGGCAGGCCUCUGCAUGGUGUGGCCUACCUGUUGCAUGGACGGCAUCGCCUCGUUGCACUUGGCAAUGGCGAUGGCCCAGACUUGCUAACGAAUGUAGGGUCAAAGUUUGGAACGCCCCACACUUCAUUGGCGGUGACCGUGAUUGGCCCAUGCAUGGAUUGCUUUGUUCAUUCAUUCAUGCCGCCAGGGGUUGCGGCGCGGACGGUCUUGAUGUUGAGUGUCUGGGUAGGCGGAUGUAAGCGGACCGUUGCGCGGAGGGCCCAAUGCCAACGGUUUUGUGCGGGUUUGUGCGUCGACAGGCGUUACGGCGUCGUGACCCAGCCGAUGAGCCACGUGCGACGUCAAGAUGCGACGGGCGCUGUGAUUGGGAGCGAGGCUCAAAGAGAGUGGCUGGGACGUGGGACGCGGCAUUGUGACCAUGGCGGCAUGUCAAUCCUGUCAAUGUUGCAAUUAUA